GACUCCUUUUUUUUUUCUCUUUUGUUCCUCCACUCUGCACUGCUCUGCACUAAAUGGAGAAGGGAAGAGGCGAUGAGGACCAAUGGGUCCACGAUUCUUCCAUCGAUUAUAAGGGGAGAACUCCUAUUAGAUCCUCUACUGGUGUAUGGAAGGCUUCUCUUUUCAUAAUAGCGAUUGAGUUCAGUGAGAGGCUUAGCUACUUCGGAUUGUCGGUCAACUUGAUAAUAUACUUAACCAAGUUCUUGCGCUAUGAGGUGAAGGAUGCGGCUAAGAGCGCGAACUGCUGGCUGGGGGUUACGACGCUUCUGGCUCCCGUAGGAGGAUUUGUAGCGGAUGCCUAUCUCGGUCGCUUCGCCACUGUUCUCUUUUCAUCUCUCGUCUAUGUUCUGGGUCUCUCGCUCCUAACCAUGUCCCAACUCGUCCCAGGCCUAAAGCCCAACACCUCCCUGAAACUACACACUACGAUCUUCUUCACUGCCAUGUACUUAAUCUCCAUCGGCACCGGCGGCCACAAACCAAGCCUGGAGAGCUUCGGUGCCGACCAAUUUGACGACGACCAUCCCACCGAACGCCGCUUAAAACUUUCAUUUUUCAACUGGUGGAACCUCGGCCUUUGUUCCGGCCUACUCCUCGGCGUCACCGUAAUUGUCUACCUCGAAGACACGCUCGGAUACGGCCUCGCUACCAUCAUCCUCACCUUUAUCAUGCUGCUCAACCUCCUCAUCUUCCUUCUUGGCCGUCCCUUCUAUCGUUUCCGAAUCCCCCAAGGCAGCCCCCUCACUCCCCUGUUUCAUACCUUCGCCGCCGCCGUCGCCAACAGACACCUUUCUCUUCCCUCCACCGCCGACCAACUCUACGAGAUUCAAAAUUCCAACAGGUUCCUCCGCCACACCGACAAGUUUCGUUUUUUAGACAAAGCUGCCAUUUUUGAGAAGAAUCAACAAAGCAAAAGGGGCAGCCCAGCGACCCGAAGCCCCCCCCCCGUUUUUGAACUCCCCCCCGCCUCUGUAUACGCCCUCGGCGCAGUUGCAAUGAUCAUUUCAGUUGCUUUCUACGAGAAGCUGCUCGUCCCAUUCCUGAAAAGAGCCACCGGUAACGAACGGGGUAUUAGCCUUUUGAAGCGGAUCGGGACAGGGAUGGCGUUCUCGAUCGUGGGAAUGGUGACGGCGGCCAUAGUAGAGAGGAAGCGAUUGCGGGUGGCGGAAGCAGAGCAAGCUAUGACCUUGUCAAUGAGCGUCUUCUGGCUAGUGCCGCAGUUCAUGGUAUUAGGAUUGGGUGAUGGGUUCACCAUUGUUGGGCUUCAGGAAUAUUUCUACGAUCAAAUGCCGGAUAGUAUGAAGAGUAUUGGGAUUGCGCUUUAUCUUAGUGUGAUUGGGGCUGGGAGCUUUUUGAGUAGUUUUGUAAUAACUUUGGUUGAUCAUGUGACGGGGAAGACGGGGAAGGGCAGUUGGUUUGCCAAGGAGUUGAACGAUAGUAGGUUGGAUUUAUUCUACUGGUUGCUGGCUGCGAUUAAUGGGGUCAACUUGGGUGUGUAUCUGUUUGUGGCGAGAAGAUAUUCAUAUAAGAGUGUGCAGAGGAGGGUCGGGGUGCCUGCUGGUUCAGUGGAAAUAGAUUGCGGAGGAGCAAUGGAGGAGCCUUGAUUCUUCCAUUAAUGUUCCAUAUCUAUAUAUAUAUAUAUAUAUAUGAAUAAUUAUAUCGGAUGAAUUUAAGGAUUGGGGGACCAGAGGGCGGUGGAAAGGAAGUGUUUUCAUUAGUGAAUUUAUAUAUAUUAUUGGUCUAAGGUAUGAACUAAAUCUUAGUAUUUUUUUAUGAAAGCCUGUAUGAUGUAAGAUGUCAAUCAUAAUGCAUUUUUUGUCAAAGGCUAAUUGA